GUCCCUGCUUACAGAGUAAUAUGAGUCCCUCUGGGAUUUUGUUUUUCAGAUCCCUUUUUCCCAAAGGUGAAUCCCUGGAUGGUGGCUCUGGGUGUGAUCCUGGUGGUUUUGCUUGGUUCCUUUGCCCUUACUGCUUAUCUCUUCAAGAUCAAAGAUCAAGUUACAGUGAAGAUGAAGAUUCUCUCAUUCUGCCACAGCUCCAGAGCCAGCUCCACUCUCCCUGGUUUUAUUGUUUUCUUCCUUAUUUGUUAUGUUCACAAGAUGGAAUCAGCAAAGUUCACAGUGAUUGGACCCGGUGACCCUGUCACUGCCAUCCUGGGUCAGGAAACUGAGUUACCCUGUCACCUGUCCCCCAGCAUGAGCGCUGCAAACAUGGAGGUGAGAUGGUUCCGCUCAGAGUUUGUAUCCUUUGUGCACCUGUAUCGUGAUGGGAAGGAUCAAUAUGAAGGGCAGAUGCCAGAGUAUUGGGAAAGGACAGAGCUUUUGAAAGCCGGACUCACAGAUGGAAAUGUUCCCUUGAGGAUUCUCAAUAUCAGACGUGCUGAUGAAGGACUAUACCUCUGUUUUGUUCAAGACAAUACUAUUUAUGGAGAAACUGUAUUGGAACUGCGGGUAGCAGGUCAGUAG